AUGUCUCUAUCUUCUAAGUUGACUGUCAAGGACUUGAACUUGAAGGACAAGCAUGUCUUCAUCAGAGUUGACUUCAACGUUCCAUUGGACGGUAAGACUAUCACUUCCAACCAAAGAAUUGUCGCUGCUUUGCCAACUAUCAAGUACGUUUUGGAACAUCAACCAAAGGUUGUUGUCUUGGCUUCCCAUUUGGGUAGACCAAACGGUGAAAGAGUUGACAAAUACUCUUUGAAGCCAGUUGCUGCUGAAUUGGAAAAACUUCUAGGUAAGCCAGUUACUUUCUUGAACGAUUGUGUCGGCCCAGAGGUCAACAAGGCUGUUGACGGUGCUAAGCCAGGUUCCGUUAUCUUGUUGGAGAACUUGCGUUACCACAUCGAGGAAGAAGGUUCCAAGAAGGUUGACGGUAAGAAGGUCAAGGCUUCCAAGGAAGACGUCGACAAAUUCAGAAAGGAAUUGAAAUCUUUGGCUGAUGUUUACAUCAACGAUGCUUUCGGUACCGCUCACAGAGCUCACUCUUCUAUCGUUGGUUUCGACCUACCAGAACGUGCUGCCGGUUUCUUGUUGGCCAAGGAAUUGGAAUACUUCGGUAAGGCUUUGGAAAACCCAGUUAGACCAUUCUUGGCUAUUUUGGGUGGUGCUAAGGUCGCUGACAAGAUCCAAUUGAUCGACAAUUUGUUGGACAAGGUUAACUCUAUCAUCAUUGGUGGUGGUAUGGCUUUCACUUUCAAGAAGGUCAUUGACAACACUGAAAUUGGUGACUCUAUCUUCGACAAAGCUGGUGCUGAAAUCGUUCCAAAGUUGGUCGAAAAGGCUAAGAAGAACAACGUUGAGCUUGUCUUGCCUGUUGACUGGGUCGCUGGUGACGCUUUCUCCGCUGACGCUAACACCAAGAUCGUUACCGAAAAGGAAGGUAUUCCAGCUGGCUGGCAAGGGUUGGACUCCGGUCCAGAAUCUAGAAAGUUGUUUGCUGCUGCUGUAGCAAAGGCUAAGACUAUUGUCUGGAACGGUCCACCAGGUGUCUUCGAAUUCGAGAAGUUCGCCGCUGGUACCAAGGCUCUAUUGGACGAAGUUGUCAAGUCCUGUGAAGCUGGUAACACUGUUAUCAUCGGUGGUGGUGACACUGCUACUGUUGCUAAGAAGUACGGUGCCACUGACAAGAUCUCUCACGUCUCCACUGGUGGUGGUGCUUCCUUGGAAUUGUUGGAAGGUAAGGUUUUGCCAGGUGUCGACUUCUUGUCUGAAAAGAAAUAA